CUCCCAUGUGUGUUUCCAUGUUUCAUUUUCAACCUUGGAAACCACUUAAUUUAAUUACCAUUAUGCCCACCCCUUUAUUACCACCACCCAGCACUGCCCUUGCCUCUAUAUAUGAUUAUCAAUCUCCUCCUACUACAUGUCUCCCACUCUCCCAAACAAAUUUUUAUUCACUCACAACCAAAACCAAAACCAAAACCAAACCAAAACCCAAACCUCUUUUUUAAACCCUUUUUAUAUUUUCAAUAACCCAAUUUUGUUUUCCCAAUAUUAUUUUAAAAAUCAAUCAACAACACAUCUCCCUCAUUCCACUCCUCUAUCUCCCUUAUUAAUUAAUCCUCCCUCUUUCGAUCUACUUCCUUUCUCAGUUUCAGAGCUUCUCAUCUCCCCAACGAACCCUAAAUCAUUCAUUCACCUCAAUGCAGCUUCACCUUCAGUUCCAAUGAAGAACUGAAAAACAAAAAGUUAAGAGUGAGAUAGUGAUUUUUUUUUGUUGGAGGAGAAAAUGCGAGUGAAGGAAAUGCACCCUUUGUGCUGCAUCUCCUUGGAGAGUCCCGGGAUCGGGAGCCACUCGCCAGAGCCGGAAGCGGCGGCGCUGUCGAGGACGCGGAGUCUCCCGGCAGGCGGAUCUGACGGCAUUGGCCGCAGGGGAUCGGAGACGACGGUUGCCGGAGUGCUCUACAAAUGGACGAAUUACGGCAAGGGAUGGAGAUCCCGGUGGUUCCUCCUCCGUAAUGGCGUCCUCUCCUACGCCAAGAUCCGGUGGCCGGAGAAUCUCAACAUGCUCACAACCGUCGACGACGUCCGCCUCAUCGGAGAAGUAACCGCUAACCGCCUCGCCAGAAUGGAGAGAGACGGCGGUUCCCACUCCAUGCGGCGGAAGAAUCACCACAACAAACCUCCUUCCUCUUCUUCCUCUUCCUCUUCCUCUGCCUUCGUUCAUCUUAAGAUCUCAUCUUUUAGAGAGAGCAAAUCAGACGAUAGAAGGUUCUAUAUAUUCACAGCAACCAAGACUCUCCAUCUGAGAACUGAUUCAAGAAAAGACCGAGUGGCGUGGAUACAAGCUUUGGUGUCAACUCGUGGCUUGUAUCCACUUCAACCACUCAACGAUCAUCUCUCUCUUGCGCCAAAUCACAUAUCUGUGUCAACCGAGAGGCUCAAGAAACGCUUGGUUGAAGAGGGUAGCAGUGAGAAUCUUGUGAAGGAGUGUGAGCAAAUCAUGCUCGCUGAGUUCUCUGAAUUACAAGAGCAGCUCACAGUUCUUUGUGUUGAACGGUCAAAUUUGCUUGAUACAAUAAGACAGUUGGAGGCAGCUAACAUUGAACCUGAGGCCUCUGCCUUGCAUGACAGUGAAUACCAAUUAACAAAGAAUGCACUGUCAAGUCUAGGACGUGGAAAAUAUAGUGAAUACAGUACAACUGAAUCAUCUGAUGAUAUUGAGAAACAAGAGGUGGAGGAAGUGUCAGAUGAAGAUGAAAUCUCAUAUUAUGAUUCUAGAGAAGAUUUUACAGAACCUGGUUUUAUUUGUGGGUCAAAAACAGCUUUGGAUCAAGUGAACACUUCUGCAGAAGUUAAUACAGAAUGCAUUGAUAUGGAGAACAGUCAUGUCGAAAAUAUGAUCUCUGAUUUUGGUUACCCUCAGAUAGCAAGGCGAAAAAAGCUUCCGGAUCCUGUUGAGAAAGAGAAGGGCGUUAGUCUUUGGUCAAUGAUCAAGGACAAUGUGGGCAAAGAUCUUACACGUGUUUGUCUUCCUGUAUACUUUAAUGAGCCAAUAUCUUCCCUCCAGAAAUGUUUUGAAGACUUGGAGUACUCUUAUCUUCUGGAUCGCGCUUAUGAGUAUGGAAAAUCAGGAAACAGUCUUCUUCGAGCACUAUACGUUGCUGCCUUUGCAGUUUCUGGAUAUGCAUCAUCUGAAGGUCGUCAUUGCAAACCCUUUAAUCCCUUGUUGGGGGAAACUUACGAAGCUGAUUUUCCUGACAAAGGAAUUCGGUUCUUUUCUGAGAAGGUUAGUCACCAUCCAACUGUGGUUGCCUGCCACUGUCAAGGUAGAGGAUGGAAGUUUUGGGCAGACAGUAACAUUCGCUCAAAGUUUUGGGGAAGGUCAAUUCAGCUUGACCCAGUGGGAGUUCUGACCCUAGAGUUUGAUGAUGGAGAAAUAUUUCAAUGGAGCAAGGUUACGACUACAAUUUAUAAUCUUAUCCUUGGCAAAAUAUAUUGUGAUCAUCAUGGGAAUAUGGAUAUACGGGGUAAUCGCCAAUAUUCAAUCAGACUCAAAUUCAAAGAGCAGACUAUUCUUGACCGAAAUCCUCACCAGGUGCAUGGAUUUAUUGAAGAUGCAAUGGGAAAAAAGGAGGCCACAUUGUUUGGCAAGUGGGAUGAUAGCAUGUAUUAUGCUAGUGGUGAUGUGAAUGUGAAGCCAAAAGAUUUCACUUCAUCAGGGGCAACCUUGUUGUGGAAAAGGACUAGACCACCCCCGAACCUCACUCGGUACAAUUUGACAUCAUUUGCCAUCACGCUGAAUGAGCUCACACCGGGACUAAAGGAGAAGCUUCCGCCCACGGAUUCUAGGCUAAGACCUGAUCAGCGGCACCUGGAGAAUGGAGAAUACGAGAAGGCUAAUAUGGAGAAACAAAGGUUGGAAAAGAGGCAAAGAAUGUCAAGGAAAAUGCAAGAAAAUGGUUGGAAGCCUAGAUGGUUUCACAGAGAAGGUGAAAAUGGAACGUUUCUAUAUCUUGGCGGGUAUUGGGAAACAAGAGCUCAAGGAAGAUGGGAUGGAUGCCCAGAUAUAUUUGGUGAAUAUCAAGAAGGCAUUGUUGAUCCUUCAGAUGUUUCUUGAUUUUUAGUUCAGAUAUUGAUCCUAUGGCAAUGACAAGCAUAUUAUGAAUGCAAAUUAUGAGUCCGUGGAGGGUUUAUCUUGAACCCGCUUUGCAUGAGAGCAACUUGUUUUACUGAAUGGGAGAGUAGCCAUUUGGGACAUUUGAAAAUGAUACACUUCGUAGUUCUGGUUGGACAAGUUUGUGGAUUGACCCUGUGUUGUGACAUUAACAGUAAAACAACAAAGGGAGUAGCAAAAAUAACUUGAGGCAACUCUAUCUGAAAGUUGCUUUGUAAUUUUAUUGACCUAAUGGACUUACAUAGCUUUGGAAAGUGCUAAGGUCCUCUGAGAAUUUCAAAUUACCAAGGCUGUUACUUCAUCUAGAUGAGCAUAUAUUUGAGCAAAGAAUCAACCUUAGCAACAGUGGUUAGAUUAGGGUGUUCUGUCUAUGUUCCAUUGUCAAAGUUUUAUUCUUUUUUUUUCUUAUAAUUUUGUUAGUAUGUAAAUUAUUUAUUAGCUUAUGUAAGAUUCUCUCCCUUUAUCUUGAUAUAUAGCUACUGACUUUAGCCGAAAGGCUAAUGAUUUAUUUCAUAUUUGUUUGCAUUUUCUGAAUAAUGAACGGGGAGAUGUGUUAUCUCAUUUGAAGUAUACCAGUACUACUACACUAUUUCAUUCA